AUGCCCUCCUCUACCCAACACCACACCAGCUCGAUCGAUCUCACUCUGGCAUCAUGAGCUACCUCCUCUCCUACAUCUCCAAGAUGCUCUGCAUCAAGACGCCGUCGUCGGAGGAGGCGGCGAAGCAUCCGGCGGCCGGCGAGGAGUGCUGCGUCUGCCUCUCGAGGAUCCGCGCCGGCGAGGCCACCAGGCGGCUCCCGUGCGAGCACGCCUUCCACCGGGACUGCGUCGACCGGUGGCUCGCGCUCUGCAAGCGGACGUGCCCGCUCUGCCGGGUGUACGUCGCCGACGGCAACGGCAGGCAAGCCGCGGCCAAGCACGCCGGCGAGGGCGCCCUGGCCGACGACCUCGUCAUCUGGUUCUCCACCAUGCUCGUCCCAGGGUUCUGAGACAGAUCGACGACGAUGUUUCUUUUCGCUCUUCGCUCCUCGUGUUUUCUCAUGACACAUGUAGCUAGGGUUCUAGGUAGCAAACGUUCUUGCAAGUUUUGUAUUUGAGGUUUAUCCCUCUACGAAUGUGGGUGUAAAUAAGAAGCACGAUCGACCUUCUACUAA